AUGGUGUUAAUUUCUUAUCGAAUCCCAGAAAGGCAGGCCAGUGUAGCCAUUGAAGGCCUGAACUUGUCAACAUUUGGGCCAUCUAUGACACCAGGAACUGAAAUUCAGAAGCUCAGGAUUUUUGUUGCAACUUGGAAUGUUGGAGGAAAAACUCCCAGUCAUGGCCUGAAUCUUGAAGAUUUCCUCCAGGUUGAAGGGUGCUCUGAUAUUUAUGUUUGUGGGUUUCAGGAAAUUGUUCCACUGAGCGCUGGAAACGUCCUGGGUAGUGAAGACAACGAGCCUGCAGCGAAGUGGCUGGUCCUCAUAAACAAGGCACUGAACAGGCCUGGAAAAGAUUCAAUUGAUUCAACUGCGGAAUCAUCUUUUUCCGGGCUGCAAAACAGUAACAACAACUCUAAGGAGGAAAAGUCACCAGGCAAUCCGAAUUUUCAGAAACUGAAUCUAAAACUCCUGAGCAAAAAUUUAAGGGCUGAAAGUUCCCUUUUGAAGGUCUGUAAUUGCCCUCUGGAAUCCGUAGCGAGGGAGAGGAGAAAAAUAAGAAAAAUCAGCGAUCGCACAAUGCGUAAACUCGAGAGUGAGUCUCUGAAACCUCGCAGCCAUGGAAGUAUUGAAGAGUUAUUAUCAACGACUGAGAUUACUACUGACCCAUCACAUGGUUCAUCUCCAAGGAAGCUGAGUUAUUGCCUGGUAGCAAGCAAGCAAAUGGUGGGAAUUUUUCUCACAAUUUGGGCUAGAAAAGACUUGAUGCAUCACAUUGGCCAUCUCAGAUUUUACACAGUGGGAAGAGGCAUCAUGGGUUGCUUAGGAAACAAGGGAUGCAUUUCGAUAAGCAUGACCGUGCACAACACAAGCUUUUGCUUCGUGUGUAGUCAUUUGGCUUCCGGGGAGAAGGAGGGAGAUGAACUGAAAAGAAAUGCCGAUGUCGCUGAGAUUCUUAAGAGCACACAGUUUCACAAAAUUUGCAAGAGAACAUAUAAUACUAGAGCCCCGGAAAAAAUAGUUGAUCACGACCGAGUGAUUUGGCUUGGUGAUUUAAACUACAGAGUAUCACUAAGCUACGAAGAAGCAAUUCUCCUUCUGGAAGUCAAUGACUGGGACGCGCUGCUUCAGAAAGAUCAGUUGAAUACAGAGAGAGAAGCAGGAAGAACAUUUAGUGGGUUCAAUGAGGGAAGAAUUUUCUUUGCUCCCACAUACAAAUACUCACAUAAUUCAGAUAACUAUGCCGGAGAAACUGUUAAAUCCAAGAAGAAACGGCGAACCCCAGCUUGGUGUGAUAGGAUAUUGUGGCGUGGCAAUGGCAUCGAACAGUUACAAUAUAUUCGUGGCGAAUCAAGAUUUUCAGAUCAUAGACCUGUUUGUGCUGUGUUCUCAGUGAAGGUGGAGAAAGAUGUAAUGGAUAAACUCAACAUUAACAAGCUGAGGAAGGGAUUUUCUUGUGCAAAUCCAACCUUCGAAUUUGAAGAUUGCAUGCCCCAGAGGCAUAGCUUCUAUGAAUACUGACUAAAAAGUUUAGAACAUGUACAAAAUGAAAUUUUCACUUUUGAUAUGACUCAAUUAAUACAGAUGAUAUGAUAUAUCCUCUCUUUAUCUUUUCUAUGUACAUUUUUAUUCAAGGGUAUCAGAAAGUGCAAACCAAACUAGAUGAGUA